AUGGUUGAAAUUAAUGAAAUUGAGUCUAUAGAAGAAUCAGAAUACUUUAAAUUUCAACAUGGAUCUUUCUUUUGUAUGCUAGAUGAAGAGAGAAAAAAAAAAAAAAUAGGAAAUUUAGAAAAUAAAAUUUCCAAUAAUAAUUUUAUUAUUAGUAAUGUAAAACAAAAAGGUUUUUAUAUAUAUAAUAAAAAUUUAAAUAUUUUUUCUUUAUCUGAUUUUUUAUAUAAAAUUGACAAUGAUAAUAAUAAUAUAAAUAUUAAAUCCUUACCUUUUGAAGAAAACCCCUUAUUAAUAGAAAAUAAUAAAAAUGACGAUUUAUCAUUUAUAUACACUGAUAAAUCUAAUAUUUAUAUAUUUGAUUAUAAUAAUGAUGAAAUAAUGCUAUAUUGUAAUAUUUACCUUAAAAUAAAACAACUAAAAUAUAUAGAUAAUUUCGAGUUUUUAAUAUUAAGUGAAGAUGAAAAAAUAUUUCUUUUAAAGGAUAAAAUAAUAUAUGAAUCUUCUGAUUUUAUAAAUUCUAUUAAUAAUAUUGAUGAAAAGAAUGGAAUAUUUUUGUUUUCAUAUUCAAAUGAGGAAACAUUUAUUUUAAAAGAUGAAAAUAAGACAUGUUCUUAUGAUUUAAGCAUCAUUAGUAAAGAAAUAGAUAUGAAAUAUGAAUGUUGUAAUAUAAUUUGUGCAAAAAUAUUAGAAUCUGAUAAAAAAAAGAAAAAAUUAUUUAUAGUAGUUUUAUAUAAUGAAUCAAAUGAUUUAACAAGUAUUACAUAUGAUAUAAAUAUAGAAGAGGAUGAAAUGAAAAGAGUUAAUUAUUCUAUAAAUGAUUUUUUUUUUGAAAAUUUUGAUAGAAAAAAUUUUAUUAAAACUACCUAUAUAACUGAAUGGAAAAUUUUGGUUUCACUCUCAUCAGAAUCAUGUGAAGUAAUCACUUAUACACAUAAUGAAAAUUUUGGUGAACAUAACAACUUAAAUGAUUUAAAAAUUUUAUGUAUAAAAGAAGGCUAUAAAAUUAAUACAAGAGAAUCUGAUACCUUUUUUUUCUCUUUAUUUAUUUAUUCUAAAUAUGUAGAUAAAAUAUAUCGUAAAAGUAAAUUAGGAAAUGUUCCUUUUUUAAAAAACCCAAUUGUUUUUUUUUUAUUACAAGAAAAUCUCAAAAUUGUUGUAGAAUAUUUAGAUCAAUUUAAAUUAGAGGAUAAUUCAGAUUAUUCAUUUAAUGAUAUGAAAAAUGUAAAUGAAAAUGAAAUUAAAGAAAUAAGUUUACUACCAUCAUUAAAUAGUGAUAUAAUUGAAACAUAUGAAUUAACAAACAAGAAUACAUCAUGCAUUUUUACAUUAAAAGAGUUAAAAGGUAAAGAAGAAAAUGCCCAGGUAGAAAAUGAAACAUUAAAAUUAAAAAGUGAAAAUGUUUCUGAAAUUUAUCAAAGUGAUAGCAAAUCUAAUGAAAAAAAUAUCUUUUUCGAUAAUGAUGACAAUAUAAAAAAUUCUAAUGGAAAUGUAAAUAUAUCGGAAGAAGAAAGUACUAUUAAUAAAACCUUUGAGGAAAAUAAUAUUAAAAAAAAUGAAAUAAAUGAGGAAUCUAGUGAUGAUUACGAAAAUUUGAAGGAUUUUUUAUAUGAAGAUGAUAAUGUUAUUGUAAAUAAACUAUCAUUUAAAUAUAAUAAAUUAAUAAAGAAUGGUAUGUUUUUAUGUGAAGACUUUUUACAUAACGAAAAUGUAAGCUCAAUUCAAAAACUAAAAAUUUCAAAGUUUAUCAAAAGAAAAGAAAGUUAUUAUGGAAAAGAGAACACCAAAGUAAAUUUUUUAGAUAAUUAUGGGAAAAAAAAAAAAUUAGAAUUUCAAAAAAUGUUUAAUUCUCCAAAUAUUGAAAUAGGUAAACAUGAAAAGUUGUCUGAUGAAUAUUGUGAAAGAAUAAUAAAAAAGAUAGAAAAAAAACAAAAAUUUAUAUUUGAUAUUAAAAAAAUAUUUUUAAAUGAUGAAAUAGGAAAAAAUAAAAAAAAUAAUAGCAGCGAAAAUGAAGGUAUCUAUAAAGAGAAAAAGCAAAAUAAAAAUGAAGAAAAAUGUGAUAAUGAAAUUCAAAUAUAUAUAUCAAAAGAAGAAAUGAAAAAUUUUUAUUAUGAUUUGGACUCGUAUUUUCUAAAAAGGAAGUUGCUAGAAGUAAAUAAAGAAGUUCUUGAUAAUUUAAAAAAUAUUAAUGCCAAUAAAUGCAUUUUCCUAAUAAUAUUUUAUAAUAUUUUUUUAAAGAAAGGAUUUAAAUAUUGUGAAUUUUUUUUAUAUUUUAUUUUAAAAAAUUAUAAUUCAGAAUGCUUUUCUAAUUCCUUACCUUUAUUGGAGCAUUAUUUUAGUUAUAUACUAAAGAGAUAUUUAGAAAUAAAUAAAGAAAAUAAUAGUAUAGACAAUGAAUCUGGUAGUCUAUUUGAUUUAAAAAAAAAUUUAUUAGAUGAAAAUACUACUAAUAUAAUUAAAAAAGGUUAUAUACAUAAGGAUAUAAAUAAUUCCAAUAAAGAAUCUGAAGUUACUUCUUAUGAAGACGAUUCAAAUAAUAAAAUGUAUAAUGAAGAUAAUAUAAAACAAGAUAAUAAAUAUGUUUCUAAAAUAAUUUCCUUAUUUUACGAAGAAAAUGAUAAAGAAGAAGAAUUAAGUUUAUUUAAAAUAAUGCAUUCUAGUAUUUAUUUUUUAAAUAAUUGUUUAUAUAAUUUUUUUUCUCAAAAAUUGUUGGCAAUUAUAAUGGAAAAAGAUAUAAAUAAAAUAGAUAAUGAUAUAAACUCAAAUAAAAUUCACUUGUUAAAUAUCAUGCUAAAUAAAAACGAUAUUAAAAAAAUUGGAUAA